CCUCUCAUCUCAUCCAACGGUCACGAUCUUUUAGUGCCGCGCACGCGUCAUCAUCCAACAGCUUUCUUCACAUAUGCAUUUCUCGCUCUCUAUCAGACUAUCCCAUCAUCACUAUCUCUCUCUCUGCUUUUGUUUCUAUGGAAUGUAUGUAUAUCUCUGUAUCUAUUCCUCCGGCGUUCUUUCUCUCUCACUACGCAGCCUCCUCCUCCUCUCUCCUUGCUCUCACCUCCGCUUAGCGUGUUUUGCGGCAUUAAUGGAGAAAAGUCCGCGGUAGCGCAACAAUGGAACACUCGAGGAAACUUGGAUCGUCGUGGCGGCAGCCCAACCUUCCUCCGCCUGCUCCGCCGCCCUCUGCAUUGCUUGAUUCUCAUGCGCAGCUCUCUAAUGCAGAUUAUCGUCUUUAUAUGCAAUUUCUGCAAGAAUCAAUGUCAUUAACUGGUGGAAUGACUCGGGAUCAUAUGUCAUCUGACAUGCAUGGUCUCGACAACUUGGGCCAUGCUGAGCUUGGAGCUUCAUUCUUAUCUCUUAUAUCAGGUCCAACAGCCCAUGUGCCAUGUGAUCAGCAGCAAUUGUUGGAUCCAAAUACAGUACCGGUCUCCAAUCUACUUCCUCCAAGUCGUAGGACUGCCCAUGGAUGUUCUGGGGGAAGCAGAGUUUCGGUCCGGCCUGCUGUCUCAUGGCCGCACAAACUGGACUUGCCAAGUUUGACUUCUGGAGAGAUUUUUCCACCUUUUACUUUGUCUGCUGCCAAUGCAAACUGUAGCAACAAUUCUGAGAUACUUCAGGCUGCAAUCUUGGAUGUUCAAAAAUCACAGAUAGUAGCAUGCCAGAGCUCUCAUGAGAAAGACAAAGUAAAUUGUUUUUAUCCUCCGACUGGGAGUAAUACUAGCACUAAGAAACUCGAGAAGUAUUCCCACAUAACACCUUCCCAGAAAAUUCCUGUAGACAACAAUGCUUCUGCUUGCUGUCCCAGGUUCAAUCCUUCCAACAGUUUUUUCCGUGUUUCAUGUUCUGGCAUAAGUGGAAGCUUACUUCUCAGUGAUAUUGGGCUUCUUGGAGUCGUUUGCACUUGCCAUGGUCUGUGCAUGUCAAUCUCUAAAUUCUCAGAGCAUUCAGGUUCUUGUGAUGUUGACCCUGGGAAUGCAGUAUUUAUGGAUAAUGGAGAGACUAUAGCUCACUGGUGGAAGGCCUUCUCAUCCAGAACCGGGAUUAGAGUAUUGGAAGGGCACAAAGGAUGGGAUUGGCCUGAAGGAAUUUCAGUGGCUUCGGGUUUGACAAAUCAUCCUAUUUCCAGCUUGUCAAACAAUCCCCUCCAAUUGAAUCAAGUUGGCUCUUAUAGACCUUCAGCAAGUUAUGAGCAGAAAAAUUGUGGUGUCAUAAAUUUAAAGGAAAAUCAUAGUUGCAAGAACAUUGUUGAUGAAUAUCUAUACCUUGGAACAGAUAGACCUUCACGAGAAUGCAGCAAUUCUGUUUUCAAAUAUUUCAUGAACAAUUCUCAUGAAAACCCGCCGCAUGCAGUUGGUCAACAUGUACAUGGACUACCAAACUCAAUUUCUGUACAUUCAGAGAAGGCUUCUCAGCCUGUUGCUCCCACACUUGAUAAAACGUGUGAAAGUGCAAAUUCUUUGCUUGCCCUCCCUAGUCUUCAAGAUUUAAAAUCAUCAUAUAGUGGCUUCAGUGAUGGUACAAAAAAUAGUUUGAUUUUUGAGAGACCCGGAGUUUCUUCUAGUAUUGAAUUGAGGCUUGGGCAGCCGUCACAGAAAAGCCUGACAUUGAAUACGAAAUGUCAACUUGCCAUCGGGUCUAAUCUAAAUGGUGUACAUGAGGAGGCCUCAAAAGUGUUUUUCCAGGCAGCUAAUGCAUGGCAAGGUAGUGGGUCGACUUGUCAGUAUGCUGAUAUUAAUUCUAAUCCUUCCGAAAGAAGAAGACCAACUGAAUUGGAGCAUUCACGUGGUGUGAGAGGGGGCUAUGGUGCAACAACCAAUUGCUGGAAAGAUUCAUCAAAUAUUAGCUUGGGAACAACCAACUUAAAUUCUAGGUUGCUAUCAUUUUCCAUAAACCCCGAGACAAAGUGUCAAUUCAGAAAUAUUUAUGAGCAUAGCAAUGACAGGAAUAUCGGUGAGAAUAGUUGUUAUGAAUCUAAUGCUUCUCAAAGAGACAAAAUAAAUCUUCCAUGGAGUUUGUCGGCUGGUACUAUCAAGGAAUUGGGUAUGGAUGUUUCAAAUGCCCCAAGAAAUAUUAAUGGGGACAAAGUAGUGGAAUGUGCUUUGGAUGGCUUGGUUGAUGCAGCUAAAUCAAAUAUUGAAGUCUCCAGGGAACUUAAGGGAAAUGUAAGAAGUUUUAACUUGGUUCUGGGCGAGAAUUCCACAGCUUUUCUAGGGAAAACCCCUGAUCCCCACCAUAUGUCUACUAUGACUGCUGAUAAAUCAUACAGGAGAGACUUCUUAAACAAUUACUGGAAGAUUUCUUCUCAUUCUGAUAUUACCCACUUCAAUCGUGAUCAUCUCAGACCUAUCCAAAAUCCCAUAGUUUCUGAAGAGAUGCCUCUGGGGCUCACCUCCAAAAAUUCAGUGUCCGUCCCCAAUGAAGCUCCAACAUUGCCAAAAGAAAAAGUUACUGCAAUAAAAACAGGUUUGCAGUACAAGAGUGUGGAAAUGCCUGGUCCAUGGAACAUGUUGGGAUUAUCUGAUAGAGACAACGGCCCACCUGUGAGAGGUGUUCAGGAGCCUGAGAUCAUAGAAAGCCCUUGUGUACAGUCUUCGGUGACAAUUGCUCCGGAUCCCGCACAGUUACUUGAUUCUUUGGGGAUGCCAAAAUUUUCAGAAAUGGGAGACAAGUCAAGGUUGCCUGGUUAUUGGAUGGGCUAUAAUUGUGAGAAAUUUUGUGCAAAAGGAAGAUCUUUGUACACAGAAGGUUCGGUACUUCCUUAUAUGGAGCAGCUUUAUUCAAGGGAAGCUGAAUGCAACUUUACUCACAGAAGGAAAGAGCACUCCUCGCCAGGUUUACCAUAUGCCUAUGUACCUGAAAAGUGCAGCUCUGCUGCCAUAGAAAAUUAUUUGGCUGGGCAGUAUGACUUGAAUGACGACAACUUCGGUAAUAUGGUUAAGGGAGAUAGAAGUGGAGCAGCUACAAGGUCACUUCACUCAAAGUUGAACACAAACUUUAGUUUUCUGGAGACAGCUAAAUCUUUUGAUAAAGCUGGAAGUUCCAUGGCACCAAACAUGAAGAGUGCCGAAUCUUGCUAUUUUCAGUGGAGAGAUGUGCCAAAAAAAGGAACAGGGAAAUGCAGUUUGACUAGGAAAGAACAGGAAGCUGUUUCACACACUCCUUUGGGAUGCCCUGCUGCUGAUGUUGCUAAAUCAUUUGCUGGAUUUGCUCCGAUCCUGAGUUCCGUAAGGGAGCAUGAAAUAUCUAAUAUCUCUUCUGGAUGUUCUGCUCCUGAUGUGACUCAGUCAUCCGGUGAGGUUAAUAAGAAAGAGUCUUCUACCACUGAACUUAGGAAUAUCAAUUUUGCUGAGAACCUAGUUCUGGAUAAAGGAUCAGGAAAUGUCAGAAGCUGUUCAUCUGAUGAUGCACUUGAUUCAGAAUUAUGUCCUGAAUUCUAUGGAUCAGCUUCCAAUAUCAACUCGAUCAAGAGUGAACCAUUCAGACUAGUUCCUAGAAAGGAAUCGCUUAGCCUAAUUGAAGAGAUCAGAGUCCAAAAUUCCUUUCAAUCCAAAAUGCCACCGUACAAGAUUAAGAGAAGUUACACCUUCCAUGAAGACAGUGACUACUUACAGAAUUUUGAGUUGGCUCCUAAAAAGAAGAGGAAAACAAUUAAAUGGAUGAAGCUGGACGUCUCUGGCCACUCCUCCAUCAAUAACAAGUCCCCAAAAUGUGCUGAGGAAGUUGGGCAGAAUGCUCAUUCAUCCUCAGACAUGAUGCAGAUGCAACAUAAAUGUGAUCAACGAAGUCCUAGCAAUUGUGGAGAUUAUGUUGAGCAAAGUGGCAAGCAGAGAAAUUCUGCUUUUUCUGCUGCCAAAUGGGUCUCCCGUGGAAAAGACUUCAUGAAAGUGUAUCGACAUGAAAAGCAGCAGCAAACUAACGCACAUAAAAGUUUGGUGGUUGAUGAUACUUUAAGAGCUGCUGAAAUGUGCAGAAAGAGAAGGUUAAGACUAAAGGAUGCUUCUGCUAGGCCUACAGAAGUUCGAGAAAUAUUUUGUAGUAGUGCUGAAUUGACUGAAAAAUCGACAUCAUUAGGUGGCUGUAGCAAUUCUGUCAGUAAAUCCAGCUUUGAGAAACGGAUAGUUAGGCCAACAGUGUGUGGGAAGUAUGGAAUUAUUUCUAAUGGAAAUCCUUCAAAGCCAACAAAAAUUGUUCCCUUGAGAGUGGUUCUCAAGACAGCUGCGUCUCUUGCAGAUAAAAGCAACAGAAAAGCUGACAACUAUAAGAAACUCAAAUCCACAUCAGUGAAAGAAAAGAAGAUGAGGGUUAGACAUGUAAAUGAAACAGUUUUGGGCAAGAAAGUUCUGAAGAGUCGAGUGAACAAAUGUGGAACGCACAGUUCACAUUCUACUGAACUGGAAUCUAGUGACUGGAGUGACGAACUAGAUACCACAUCCUGCUCUGAAACUAGUGGUAGUGAUUAUGCGUCAUAUGCUUUGCGGAAAGCCAAAAACCAUUGUAUUACUGACAGCAAACCUGAGGAUAAGCUAAAAACAAAGUUCAAGGAAUGUCGUAAGCGAAGCCUUCAUGAACUCUUAUUCAAGGGAAAUAAUUCCGACGUAAGCUCUUCUUUUCUGAAAAGUUCAUCAUCUUUAUGCCAAAUAACUAGCAGUUGCUGCGGGGAGGUGAUGGAAAAUGCUGUGGAUGGUAGAGCUCAAACAAAUGCAACAAACAAGGGUGUGAGAUGCUCAGAGAAACACCUACCUGAAAACUCAGACCUGUUUUGUUGUGUUUGUGGGGGCUCAGACAAAGACGAACACAAUCAAUUACUACAGUGCAAUAGAUUUUUACUUAAGGGGCUUCGAGAUGAGGCUGAAGCUGUUGACAAUAAAAAUGUUAGCUUUUAUCAGAGAUGCUUGCCCCAUGUGACAUCUCAUGCGAUAAUACCUGAUAGUGACAGUGAAAGCCUUCAACCUGGAGAGAAGGUCAGCUGUGCUCGAACUGAGGGUUACAAGGGUCGAAAACGAGAAGGAUUUUUGCACAAUCAUUCUCGUGACACAAAUCGAAGUGGUGGUUGCCUUGUUCCUCAAGAUCAACUCAAUGCGUGGUUGCACAUACAUCGGCAGAAGCCACAGAGAAAAGGGCCUCCUAUGCUCUUGACUUGUAAUGUUGAAUUAGACUGCCGGAAAGCAUACACUCGGUAUAAGCAAUCAAAAAGUUGGAAACAUCUGGUGGUAUAUAAAUCAGGCAUACAUGCUUUGGGUCUCUACACAUCACAGUUCAUCUCUCGUGGGGCCAUGGUUGUGGAGUACGUGGGGGAGAUAAUCGGGCAGCGCGUGGCAGACAGAAGGGAGAGUGAAUAUCAGUCAGGAAAGAAGUUGCAGCAUAAGAGUGCAUGUUAUUUCUUCAAGAUAGAUAAAGAGCACGUAAUCGAUGCCACUCGCAAGGGUGGCAUUGCCCGAUUUGUGAACCACUCAUGUCAGCCAAACUGUGUUGCCAGAGUAAUAUCUGUGAGGACUGGAAAGAAGGUUGUGUUUUUUGCUGAAAGAGACAUAUAUCCAGGAGAGGAGAUAACCUACGACUACCAUUUCAACCAUGAAGAUGAAGGUGAAAAAAUUCCGUGCUACUGUAAUUCCGAGAACUGCAGGCGAUAUCUCAACUGAGGCAGACAAGACCUGCUUUAUCAUUUUUGUGUAAGUAAAUUAUGAUCUGCAACCAUCAAUCAGCAGGAAAAGAAAAAGUGAAAAUCAAUUGUGUU